AUGGAUCUUCAGAACGGACAAACAAAACACCUUGGCGUUACGCCGCCGAUUGCCGUAACCUAUCCCACCCCCAGAGAAAUUGAAGUCACAGAUUUGCUGGUUCAAGAACUCACCGCACAGGGAACGUUCGAGAGCGAAGAAGAGAGCAAGCGACGUGAAGUCGUUUUAGGCAAACUCGAUAAACUUGUAAAAGAGUUCGUUUACAAUAUUAGUCGAGAAAAAAAAAAACUUCCAGAAGCUGAUGCCAAAGAGGCCGGGGGAAAAAUCUUCACUUUUGGUUCAUACAGGCUAGGAGUUCAUGGAGCUGGUGCUGAUAUUGAUACACUAUGUGUUGUUCCUAGACAUGUAACUCGGGAAGAUUUCUUUGAUGAAAUGCACAGAGUUCUUAGAAACCUUUCUGAAGUAAACGAACUAACUUGUGUGCCCGACGCCUACGUUCCUGUUAUAAAAUUAAAAUUUCAAGAUAUCCCAAUUGACCUUCUCUUCGCAAGAUUAGAGCUUCCUAAAGUUCCCGACGAGCUUGAACUUAAGGAAAACACACUUCUAAAAAAUUUAGAUGAGACAUGUAUCAGAAGCUUAAAUGGGUCGCGAGUAACGGAUGAAAUAUUACGUCUUGUUCCAAGCAUACCAGCCUUCCGCACAUCUUUGAGGUGUAUAAAGCUUUGGGCAAAAAGACGUGCCAUAUAUUCUAAUGUAAUGGGAUUUUUUGGAGGAGUUGCAUGGGCAAUGUUAGUUGCUCGAAUCUGUCAACUAUACCCAAAUGCCAUAGCUGGUGCGAUCGUUUCACGAUUUUUCAGAAUUAUGCAUCAAUGGAGAUGGCCUCAACCAGUGUUAUUAAAGCCAAUUGAGGACGGACCGCUUCAAGUCAGAGUAUGGAAUCCAAAGAUAUAUCAUGGUGAUCGGUUUCACUUGAUGCCAAUAAUUACUCCCGCUUAUCCUUCAAUGUGUGCUACACAUAAUGUCACGCAAUCUACUAAAAAAAUAAUAGAGAGAGAAUUUGAGCGAGGAAAAUGGGCGGACCUUUUCGAAAAACAUGACUUUUUUAUAAGAUACCGAUACUACCUGCAGAUCAUAGUCUCAUCUGAUUCUUCCGAAAGACAAUUGAAAUGGUCGGGUAUGGUAGAGUCAAGAAUUCGCCACUUAAUAUCAAAGCUGGAAAGUGUCGAGAAUCUUGAAUUAGCACAUCCUUUUGUGAAAGGGUUUGAUAAAAUUCAUCAUUGUACAAGUGAUCAAAUGGCUACUGAUGUGAUGCAUGGAAUUUUUGAUUCAACGUCAAUCACCGAUAAAAACAACACAGAAUCAUCACAAAAUAGCACAGAUGCAGCGACUGCUCGUGUUAUAUAUACUACUACUUUCUACGUCGGAUUGGAUAUUAGUCGUAGAGAUCCUGGUACAAAAGCACCCAGACAAUUAAAUAUUUCAUGGCCGACCCAAGAAUUCAUAAAAUUGGUAAAAGUUUGGGACAAAUAUGACGAAAAAUCUAUGGGCAUUCAUAUCAAACACGUAAAAAGUUCGGAAUUACCUCCUGAGGUAUUCGAAGACGGCCAGAAGAGACGAGAAGACUCAAAGAAACGAAAACGUGUACCUCCUGAAGUACCCGAGGACGGUCAGGGGAAACGAGAAGAUUUAAAGAAACGAAAACAUGACGGACUUCCUGAGAAGGACCAAAAUCCUAAGAAAAUCAAAAGUAGCUCUCCAAAUGGCAUAUAG